CUAGCAUUAUUGGAGACUGACGUGUUUAUUGAAAUUCUUUCAAGAACAUCAUUAAAGACAUUCCAUAUUAUACGUUGUACAAAGCGUCAGUUUGUUCCGUCGUGUGGUGCGAAUAAUUUUGACAUUGGUUGUCUACCAAAAGCGUGUACAAUUUUAGCAACUUCAUUGAACGGACUCAUUCUUGGUGAAUGUGAUAAUCCAGAUGAAUAUCAAACAAAGUUUUUAUUUGUCUGUAAGCCAACGACUUUAGAUAACAAAACAUUACCAUUUACAAUUUAUAAGUACAUUGCGGUUAAGUUUGCUAUGGUGGUUAUGCGUUCGAACCCGUUGCAUUUCAAGAUCAUUCGUUUAUCAUAUGCAAAGCCAUCCGACUUGACAAAGGAUCAUGGUUAUGAAAACUUCUGA